AUGUCCUCAAGACAUUCAUAUUUGGGUACAAAAGGAAUCUUUAAAAAGGAAAGUCAUUUCUUUGCUCUGCAAGUAACCACUGCCUCCACUGUCUCUACUGCCGUUGCUGCUCCUAUCGUGGGUGUUCGUGCGGCUACUCUCUCUGCCGAUACCCCGAACAACGAUGCAGCUGUACCAAUGGUCUCAUUUUUUUAUAUCAUAGAGCCCAAUGUCAUCGAGAUUAUAGAUGGUCGAGCCGGUAUACAAUAUAGCUAUAUCCUUCUGGACAUCUGCGCCACGCCUUGGGCGCCCAGUCCCAAUAUAAAGCAAAAACAUCCACAUACAUCUUCUUGCGAAUCACUCACCGAAAUCGAGGCACCUCAUGAACCUUCAACGUUAUCACUCCAGACACUGUCAUGA